AUGAUUGAGUUGUUUGUCGAAGCUACUGAAUGGUGCAUCUGGCUCGGCGGCGCGUUUGGUUGGAGCGUCGUGCGUAACCCGUGGACGGAAAUUGCGUGGGCGGCGGCCGUCAGCCACUGGUCGGAGUUGCGUUGGGCCCUGAGCGGCGCCGUCGGCUGCAUGAUCACUAAGCCGGUGUGGUGUGCGUUGGGGCGGAUCGUCGGCGCCGUGUCGGCAUUCGAGGUCAAGUGGACCGGUCUGUGUAGGACGUGCGUCCGGUGCUACCGGAUUUCCGCCGACUAUGUGAGGAUUGCGGAAAGCACUCCUGCGGUACGCCACUGGAGGCUGUACGAGGCGUUGUUCCAGACGCCGAUUGUGGUGCUAGAGGAUGAAGCGGUAAGCGAAGCCGGCCUUGGUCGACUUGUUCACCGCUGA